UCCCUUGCUGGUGGGGCGGGGCUCGGCUCUCUGGCGGCGCGUGCGCACCGGCGGCGGCGGCGCGGCGGCCGUCAGUCGCCGGCAUGGCGGUGUGCGCUCGCCUCUGCGGCGUGGGCCCGUCGCGGGGAUGCCGGCGCCGCCAGCAGCGCCGGGGCCCGGCCGAGGCGGCAGCGGCCGACAGCGAGCCGGACACGGACCCCGAGGAAGAGCGCAUCGAGGCGGGCGCGGCGGCGCUGGCCGGGGCGGGGGGCGGCCGGAGCGCGGGCCCCUCGUCGCCCCCACGCUGCUCGCUGCUGGAGCUGCCGCCCGAGCUGCUUGUGGAGAUCUUCGCUUCGCUGCCCGGCACCGACCUGCCCAGCCUGGCCCAGGUCUGCACCAAGUUCCGGCGCAUCCUGCACACCGACACCAUCUGGAGGCGGCGCUGCCGGGAGGAGUACGGCGUUUGUGAAAACUUGAGGAAGCUGGAGAUCACGGGCGUGUCUUGUCGAGACGUCUACGCGAAGUGUAUAAACCCUCGUGUGAAGUCGGGCCGUUUCAUGAAAAUUCUUCCCGAUUACGAGCACAUGGAAUACAGAGAUGUUUACACCUGCCUGCUUCACCGAUACAGACACAUUUUGGGACUGUGGCAGCCAGAUAUUGGGCCGUAUGGAGGACUGCUGAACGUGGUGGUGGAUGGCUUGUUCAUCAUUGGCUGGAUGUACCUGCCUCCCCACGACCCUCACGUGGACGACCCGAUGCGGUUCAAGCCCUUGUUCCGAAUCCACCUGAUGGAGAGGAAGUCGGCCACGGUGGAGUGCAUGUACGGCCACAGGGGGCCCCACAAUGGCCACGUCCAGGUCGUGAAGAAGGACGAGUUCUCCACCAAGUGCAACCAGACGGACCACCACAGGAUGUCUGGUGGGAGGCAGGAGGAAUUCCGCACGUGGCUGAGGGAAGAAUGGGGGCGGACGCUGGAGGACAUUUUCCACGAGCACAUGCAGGAGCUCAUCCUGAUGAAGUUCAUCUACACCAGUCAGUACGACAACUGCCUGACCUACCGCCGCAUCUACCUCCCGCCCAGCCACCCAGACGACCUGAUCAGGCCUGGCCUCUUCAAGGGCACCUAUGGCAGCCACGGCCUGGAGAUCGUCAUGCUCAGCUUCCACGGGAAGCAUGCCAGGGGCACGAAGAUCACGGGUGACCCCAACAUCCCUGCUGGGCAGCAGACGGUAGAGAUCGACCUCAGGCACCGCAUCCACCUGCCCGACAUUGAGAGCCUCCGCGACUUUAACGAGCUCUCGCGCAUCGUCCUGGAGGUGCGCGAGCAGGUGCGCCAGGAGCAGCAGCAGGAAGGUGGGCCCGAGGACGCCGAGGGCCUCGGCCGGCAGAGCCCCCAGCCCUGCGCGGAGCCACCCGCCGAGCAGGCCAAGGGGCCCGGGGAUGGAGGGGCCGAGGCCGCGGCUGAGCCGCCCGCCCAGUCGGGGCAGGGGCAGCCGUUUGUGCUGCCAGUGGGCGUGAGCUCGAGGAACGAGGACUAUCCCCGGACCUGCAGGAUGUGUUUCUACGGCACGGGCCUCAUCGCCGGCCACGGCUUCACCAGCCCCGAGCGCACCCCCGGGGUCUUCGUCCUGUUCGACGAGGAUCGCUUUGGGUUCAUCUGGCUGGAGCUGAAGUCCUUCAGCCUGUACAGCAGGGUCCAGGCUGCCUUCCGGAAUGCGGACGCCCCGUCCCCGCAGGCCUUCGAGGAAAUGCUCAAGAACAUCCAGUCCCUCGCCUCCUGAGGGCCCGCUCCCCCGCGGCGGGCGGCCCGGGCUAGGAGGGCAGCGGCGUGCGCUCAGGAGACGCGGCCUCUGACCGGGACACCCACCUCCUUGUAGGAGCCUCGGCGCGGCCUCCCCAGACGCUUUCUGUGGGCGCCCACAUAUCUGCCAGGAGCAAGGGGAAAGCUGAGCAUGUCUGAAACAAACAACAGAACCAGAACCAACCGACUUAGAGGACGGGCUGCAGGGCAUGUAGGUGACUGAACUGGAGAAAUUGGCCAUUUUCUAGGGAAAACAAAAUCCUCCUCCAGGGAGGUUCACAACGCAACAGAGUCUGUUGCCUCCAGCCGAUGGAAGGGGUCAUGGGUGAGGUGUGUGGGCUCCACCGUCCCCUCUGCAGGAGGUGAGCCAGAGGGCCUUGGUGACUUCGACACAACCUGGGCGGGUGGGGGCACUGUGUGUGGAAUAUGAGCUCCAGGGAGUCGGGCUUGGGACCCACUCCUCUACCGACUUGCUUGGAUUUUGGACAAAGGCAUUUCACCCUAAUCUCAGUUUCCAAAUCAGUGAAAUGGGGCCAAUGAUACGGGUCACUAGGGAACGCCACUGCAGGCCUUCCAGCAGCUCGGAGGCCCUGCGAGCACCACCUGACCCCGAUCCCUGCGGUGCCGUGUGCCUGCCCGGCCUCUCUCAGGCUUUAGAACCUAGACCUUCACUGCAGCACUUCAGACAGGCAUUCACUUAGUUCACGCCCUGCCCCUGCCCCGCACUCACUGGUGUCAGACCCUGAGCUGCAGCCGCUGGUCUCAGAACCAGGACAGGGCACCCUCUGAGAUAACCUGCGUCUGUUCCUCCUGCUUGGUUUACACAGGUGCCGCUCUUGAGAGGGGCGAAGCAGCAGAAGGGGUUGUGCCAGAAUCAUAGAAGCAGCAAGCUCUGGGCAUGGCCUUGAAACGCAGACUGGGCCUCCCCGGAGGCUCCGUGGGGCUGCCCUGGGCACGCCGGGCGCUGUUGGCCGUCUCGUCCGAGGCACGGAGGCCCACCUCCCAGACCCUUCCAGCAGGACCCGGGGUUGGGUGGGGACGUGGUCCCAGCUCCUGCAUCUCUCGAAGGACUGAGCCUUAGAGCUUGAGGCUCCUCCCUCCCUCUCACAACGCGGCUGUUCUUCUCUCGUGCCAAGCGUGGCCGUCCCCAGUGGUGACAACUGGCCGCAAAGCCUUGAGGACCGUGAAAACGGAGGACAGCUGGGCUAAGCUGUUCCUCUCUAGGUUUCAUCAUUGUUUAAAUAAAAUCAAGAAAAUGCGUAUUUUACCCAGAGCUAAGGGACCGUCUCCGUCUGAGGCCCCCAGCGUUGUAAAGCGCACACAGAUCGAAGAUGAGCACUUCUGAUUAAAAACCAGUCUCAAACUAAA